UGUCGCAAACUGCAAGCCCUUCCCCGCCCACUAAUCCCUUGGAUUUAUAUAAUGCUCUAAUACACUAACAACAUCUGCUCAUUUAGUUGUGGCCAUAGUAGUCGCGUAGCCGUCCUAACCAUCCAUAUUCGACCGAAUUCUACUGUGGAUAGCGGGUUUCUUUCGGGUCCACUUGUCCCUCGUCACCAGAGCCAUCCAUUAGGACGCACUUCACCAAAUCUCUCUGGCCAGUGUGGGAGAAACUUGCGACCAUGGCGACUCCAAACCUAGCUAAAAACACAGCUACAAACCCAGACGGGAGGGAUUUGAGCCCUGUGGACUUCAUCCAGCUGCAGCAGUACAUGGAAUAUGGCAGUCUGAGAGUGAAAGAUGUGAUGAAAGAGUUCCAUGCAGGCGGGCGGUUGGUCCAGUACAGAUUUGGAGAGCGAAUCGAUGCAGUUGGCUUCUCUUUGUUCCUCAAGACCUAUCUGGAGGCGGAUGACUUCCCUGCUGAUUUCUGCCAACGCCUUUUCCACUACUUCCAGAAUGCAGAGCGAGAUGUUUAUAUGAGGAGCCCUCCACCCAAAGGGGGUGGAGUGUACCUCAAAGAUGUGUCUUGUUACUUCUCUGUGUUGGAGGAGGGACAGCCGCGAGACAAACUGGAAUUUACUUUCAAACUUUAUGACAAAGAUGGCAACGGUCUCCUGGACAGCUCAGAAGUGGAUCGGAUCAUCACUCAGAUGAUGCGUGCGGCAGAUUACCUGGGUUGGGACGUGACAGAACUCAGACCGGUGCUGAAGGACAUGAUGACGGCGAUGGAUGCUGACAGCAGUGGAGCGGUGACCCUGCAGGAGUGGAUCCAGGGAGGGAUGAACAACGUGCCCCUGUUGGUGCUGCUGGGACUCAAGAUGGCAGAGAGGGACGGGCAGCACAUCUGGAGGAUGAAGCACUUCAACAAGCCUGUGUACUGCAACGUGUGUCAGAGCAUGCUGCUGGGCCUCAGGAAACAGGGCCUCUGCUGCACCUUGUGCAAGUACACUGUCCAUGGUCACUGUGCCAACAAGAACCCAGGUCCAUGUGCCUGCACCUUUGUUAAAUCCAAAAAACAGAUUGGGAUUCCAGCUCACGGCUGGGUCAGUGCUGACUGUGACUCCAGUAAGUGUCACUUCUGCAACAAGAAGAUCAAGACCCUGGCAGGGAAGCAUUGCGUGUGGUGCCAACAGAUGCGCCAUGACGACUGUGUCAACUUCGGGUCAUCAUCGUGCAACUGCGGGUCGCUAAGAGACCAUAUUCUGCCACCGUGGGCCAUAUACUCAUCCUCCAAGAAGGAUGAAGAAGGAAGGAGUAGUUCCGUGGAGGACACUAACCUGGAGGACAUCACCCCAGACGGGCACAUUCUGCAGAUUGCUCCUAUUCCAGACACCCACCCUCUCCUGGUGUUUGUGAACCCAAAGAGUGGAGGGAAGCAGGGGGAGAGAGUGCUGAGGAAGUUUCAGUAUCUACUGAACCCACGGCAGGUCUACAACCUCUCCAAUGGAGGCCCUGGACCAGGACUGCACUUCUUUCGGAACCUUCAUGACUACAGGAUCCUGGUGUGUGGUGGAGACGGCACAGUCGGCUGGAUACUAGAUGCUAUAGACAAAGCUGACCUGCCGGUGCGUCCCCCAGUGGCGGUCCUGCCGCUUGGAACAGGGAACGACCUUGCUCGCUGCCUCCACUGGGGAGGAGGUUACGAGGGCACAGAUCUCAGGGAGAUUCUGAAGGAGGUCGAGGAGAGCUUGUUGGUUCCUAUGGACCGCUGGAGUGUGCAGGUGAUUUCAGAGGACCCCCAGGAGAUAGGAGACCCUGUGCCCAACGAGAUCAUCAAUAACUACUUCUCUAUUGGCGUGGAUGCCUCCAUUGCUCACCGCUUUCACUCCAUGAGGGAGAAGCACCCUCAGAAGUUCAACAGCAGGAUGAAGAACAAACUGUGGUAUUUUGAGUUUGCCACCUCUGAGACCAUCUCUGCCUCCUGCAAGAAGCUAAAGGAGUGUCUCAGCAUUGAGUGCUGUGGGACACCCCUGGACCUGAGCGGUCACUCUCUGGAGGGCCUUGCAGUCAUCAACAUACCCAGCAUGCACGGCGGCUCCAACCUGUGGGGUGAGGCUAAGAAGGCAGACAGAGACAAUGUGUCAGAAGAGGAACCGCCUGAUGUCGUCACUGACCACGACGUUCUGAAAAUGAGCUCACAAGACCUAAGUGACAAGCGGAUUGAGGUGGUGGGAUUGGAGGGGGCGAUUGAGAUGGGUCAGAUCUAUUCUGGGCUGAAGAGGGCUGGACACAGACUGGCUCAAACAUCACAGAUCACUAUCAGGACACAUAAAGCCUUGCCUAUGCAGAUUGAUGGUGAGCCCUGGAUGCAGCCUCCCUGCACUAUCCACAUCACACACAAGAACCAAGCCAACAUGCUGAUGGCUGCUCCUGCCAAAUCAUCAGGCUUCUUCCACCUCAAGUAGAGGAAAGGUGGACUGCAGCACUGAGACUGAAGAGGUCCGGGUGUAGGGUGAAGUUGCCCUUUGACACUGAUCUUGGAUCAGUUUUUCAUUUUCCCCACUAAUGGUUAAGGUUUGGAUUGGGUGAGUGGAUGCUUAUCCUAGUUCUGUACCUCGGGGAAACUUCACCCAGGAGCAGAGGUCCACUGACUGCUGAAGAACCACUGCCAUAAAGGAACCAACAUUUGCGUAAAAACAUUCUUCAUGUCUGAAUUUCUUCCUGAAACACUAGUAGCCAUUGAUUAACAUUGAUACUCUACUCAUUUCCAUAACAAAAAACUAUCCCAGGCUUGUGUUGAUUUGAGUACCCUCAUGUUAAGCUUUAUAUUACAUUGCUAUUACAUUUUGUAUCUGUUUGUAUUAGUUAUGUAUAAUUCCAUAGUACUCCAUGAGUUGUAUUACUUUUAUGCCUUAUUGUUAUGUAAAUGCACAGUAAUAGAUCUCCUGUUUGUUUAUCUGCUUUCUAUAGCAUUUUCACACAAAUGUUUUUGUAUCCAUAUUGAUUAACGUGAUAGGCCAACAGUCUGUGUCGCUAUAUAAUGCCGUUCACUGUCAAAUCUAAGUAUGUUUUGCCUACUCAGCAAGUUUCUUGUAGAGGAUACAGGUCAGACAGCUGAGGGUAUCGUUCGCGUUGCCCGACCUCACUUAAAGGCCCAGUGCAGUCAAAUUAUGAUUUUUCUGUGUUUUACAUAUAUUUCCACACUAUGAGGUUGGAAUAAUACUGCGAAAUUGUGAAAAUUAUGAUAAUGCCCUUUUCAUGUAAAAGCUGUUCGAAAAGACAGACUGACAUUUCAGGUGGUUUUGAUGGGAUGCAGUGUUGGCCUGCCUGGUGACAUCAGGUAAAUUCAUUAAAAGACCAAUAAGAAAGAGUUCCAAACCUCUGCCAAUAACAGCUAGUUUUCUGUUUUCCCCUCCCCACUCAAACCACUCCCUAAGUCUUAGCAAAAUUCUUGCUUGAGAAAUUGCUCUACCUAAGAAGCUAUUUUUGUUUCUUUUUGAGCAUUUUGAUUGAAAACAUUCACAGUUAGGUACUUAAUUGUUACCCAGAAAUGUGAUAUUUGAUAUUGAGAUAAAAACAGCUGCAUUGGGCCUUUAACACUGUCACAAACAGCACUUCCUCAUUUUCACUAACCUAAUCUCUUUGCUUAAUGAGACUGCUUCCAAACCACAACUACUGAGAUGCUGUCCUCAAGAAAAAAAGAGACCUGGCUUUUCUCUUUAAAUAAAUAAAUGUAUAGCCUACA